GAUCGCUUGAACCUUAGAGAAUACUUGCUAAUUUUGGUCGGUCAUGGCUAUACCUGUGGAUACUACUCAACGAUACACGAACACUACGGUACUAGAUAAGUACUAUCUUCAUGCUCAGCUGCAGGGCCCUUUUUCGAAUUCCGGUAGCAAGACGACAAUACACGAGUCAAAAAGAUAACUCAAUAGGUUGCACGUUGCCAAACCUGCCCUGAAGUGGUGCAGAGCUUAAAUUCGUUUCACCUUCACCCCCGUCACAUCCAUGCCUCCGAGGACCAUAAUUCGUAAAGAAGAGUGGGAGCGGCGUCUACGCGAGGUUCAAGUCACGAAAGAUGACUUGAACCGACUUAUUAUGGACUACCUCGUCAUCGAGGGAUACAAGUCUGCCGCAGAGGAAUUCAGUGAUGAAGCCAAUGUUCCACCACCGGUAGACUUCGAGAGUAUCGAAAGUCGCAUGGUGAUUCGAGAAGCCCUGCAACGGGGAGAUAUCGAGGAAGCCAUUUCCCGCAUGAAUGACCUGAAUCCUGAGAUCCUCGAUACGAACCCUGCACUGUAUUUUCACCUUCAGCAGCAGAAGCUAAUCGAGCACAUUCGGCAUGGGCGUAUCACAGAGGCAUUGAAAUUUGCACAAGACGAACUCGCGCCAAGAGGUGAAGAAAGUCCAGAGUUUCUUGCGGAGCUCGAACGUACGAUGGCACUUUUGGCGUUCGACUCUUCAUCCUCGGCCCCUCCAGCUAUAUCCGAACUUCUUUCGCCCGCACAGCGGAUGAAAACUGCGGGUGAGGUUAAUGCCGCAAUUCUCGAAAGUCUUAGUCAGGGAAAAGAGGUUAAGCUAGUGCAGCUUUUGAAGCUUUUGUGCUGGAGUGAGGGGAUGUUGGCGGAUCGUGCAGAUUUUCCCAAGAUUGAUCUUCAAGAGGGAUUGGUGGCGACGAGCCGAAAAGAAGCAACAGAUGAUUCCAUUAUGCGAGAAUGAGGGACAGCAUGUAUAGUAUCGAGUGUAUCAUAGUAGAGGGCGUAACAUGGAUGAGUUGUAAGCAUUUAUAUCCACUUGAGAUUGUUCUUGGCAGGAAGGUCCGUGGAACAAGUAACCGUAAGUACUUGGUAGUAAGUACCACGGUGAGAGUAGUCCGGGCGGAUUGUGUUGAGUCAAGGUUAUUGGGCUAUUUGCUUGCGUACAAAAUAAUUCAAACGUAUGCUCGUCGACACGGCUUGUUGAUGUUGGACAUUAUUUUGUGCGUGUGAUACAUUGGUCUUCUAAAUCUGACUGUGUUUCAUGCUAACACAUGUCUGCCAGUUGGGAAAGGGUUCUGGUUGCUGCGGCAGCUU